AUGGCUGAGAUCCCCGAAGCAACUUCUACAACUGCAGCACCCGGCACAACUGUGGCACCCGGCACGACUGCAGCACCCGUCACAACCGCGUCACCCGGCACAACUGCAGCGCCCGGCACAACUGCAGCACCCACGACAACUGUAGAACCCGGCACAACUGCAGCACCCGACACAACUGUAGCAACCGGCACAACUGCGGCACCCAUGACAACUGCAGCACCCGACACAACUGCAGCACCCGCGACAACUGCAGCACCCGGCACAACUGUGGCACCCGGCACGACUGCAGCACCCGUCACAACCGCGUCACCCGGCACAACUGCAGCGCCCGGCACAACUGCAGCACCCACGACAACUGUAGAACCCGGCACAACUGCAGCACCCGACACAACUGUAGCAACCGGCACAACUGCGGCACCCAUGACAACUGCAGCACCCGACACAACUGCAGCACCCGCGACAACUGCAGCACCCGGCACAACUGUGGCACCCGGCACGACUGCAGCACCCGUCACAACCGCGUCACCCGGCACAACUGCAGCGCCCGGCACAACUGCAGCACCCACGACAACUGUAGAACCCGGCACAACUGCAGCACCCGACACAACUGUAGCAACCGGCACAACUGCGGCACCCAUGACAACUGCAGCACCCGACACAACUGCAGCACCCGCGACAACUGUCGCAACCGGCACAACUGCAGCAACAGCGACAACUGUGGCACCCGGCACAACUGCAGCACCCGCGACAACUGCAGCACCCGGCACAACUGUGGCACCCGGCACGACUGCAGCACCCGUCACAACUGCGGCACCCAUGACAACUGCAGCACCCGACACAACUGCAGCACCCGCGACAACUGCAGCACCCGGCACAACUGUGGCACCCGGCACGACUGCAGCACCCGUCACAACCGCGUCACCCGGCACAACUGCAGCGCCCGGCACAACUGCAGCACCCACGACAACUGUAGAACCCGGCACAACUGCAGCACCCGACACAACUGUAGCAACCGGCACAACUGCGGCACCCAUGACAACUGCAGCACCCGACACAACUGCAGCACCCGCGACAACUGCAGCACCCGGCACAACUGUGGCACCCGACACAACUGUAGCAACCGGCACAACUGCGGCACCCAUGACAACUGCAGCACCCGACACAACUGCAGCACCCGCGACAACUGCAGCACCCCCGACAACUGUAGCCCCCGCGACAACUGCAGCACCCGCGACAACUGUAGCACCCGCGACAACUGCAGCACCCGCGACAACUGUAGCACCCGCGACAACUGUAGCACCCGGCACAACUGUAGCACCCGACACAACUGUAGCAACCGGCACAACUGCGGCACCCAUGACAACUGCAGCACCCGACACAACUGCAGCACCCGCGACAACUGUCGCAACCGGCACAACUGCAGCAACAGCGACAACUGUGGCACCCGGCACGACUGCAGCACCCGUCACAACCGCGUCACCCGGCACAACUGCAGCACCCACGACAACUGUAGAACCCGGCACAACUGCAGCACCCGACACAACUGUAGCAACCGGCACAACUGCGGCACCCAUGACAACUGCAGCACCCGACACAACUGCAGCACCCGCGACAACUGUAGCACCGGGCACAACUGCAGCUGAAGACGGGGACAACGAUAGCAGCGGGAGCGGGGUUAGUGGCGAUAGCAACGGGGGCGGCGAUAGUGACGAUAGCAACGGGAGCGGCGAUAAUGGUGAUAGCAACGAGAGCGACGAUAGUGGCGAUAGCAAUGGGAGCGACGAUAGUGGCGUUAGCUACGGAAGCAGCGACAGUGGCGAUAGCAAUGGGGGCGACGAUAGUGGCGAUAGCAACGGGAGCGACGAUAGUGGCGAUAGCAAUGGGGGCGACGAUAGUGGCGAUAGCAACGGGAGCAGCGAUAGUGGCGAUAGCAACGGGGGCGGUGAGAGUGGCGAUAGCAACGGCAGCGGCGAUAGUGGCGAUAGCAACGGGAAUGACGAUAGUGGCGAUACCAACGGGAGUGGUGAUAGCAACGGGAGCGGCGAUAGCAGCGGGAGCGGUGAUAGCAACGGGAGCGACGAUAGUGGCGAUAGCAAUGGGAGCGACGAUAGUGGCGAUAGCAACGGGAGCGGCGAUAGCAACGGGAGCGACAAUAGUGGCGAUAGCAAUGGGAGCGACGAUAGUGGCGAUAGCAACGGGAGCAGCGAUAGUGGCGAUAGCAACGGGGGCGGUGAGAGUGGCGAUAGCAACGGGAGCGACGGGAAUGACGAUAGUGGCGAUAGCAACGGGAGUGGUGAUAGCAACGGGAGCGGCGAUAGCAGCGGGAGCGGCGAUAGCAACGGGGGUGACGAUAGUGGCGAUAGCAAUGGGAGCGACGAUAGUGGCGAUAGCAACGGGGGCGGUGAGAGUGGCGAUAGCAACGGGAGCGGCGAUAGUGGCGAUAGCAACGGGGGCGGUGAUAGUGGCGAUAGCCAUGGGAGCGGCGAUAGUGGCGAUAGCAACGGGAAUGACGAUAGUGGCGAUAGCAACGGGAGUGGUGAUAGCAACGGGAGCGGCGAUAGUGGCGAUAGUGGCGAUAGCAACGGGGGCGGUGAUAGUGACGAUAGUAACGGGAGCGGCGAUAGUGGCGAUAGCAACGGGAGCGGCGAUAGUGGCGAUAGCAACGGGAGCGGCGAUAGUGGCGAUAGCAACGGGAAUGACGAUAGUGGCGAUAGCAACGGGAGUGGUGAUAGCAACGGGAGUGGCGAUAGCAAUGGGAGCGACGAUAGUGGCGAUAGCAGUGGGAGUGACGAUAGUGGCGAUAGCAACGGGAGCAGCGAUAGUGGCGAUAGCAACGGGAGCAGCGAUAGUGGCGAUAGCAAUGGGAGCGGCGAUAGUGGCGAUAGCAACGGGAGCGGCGAUAGCAACGGGAAUGACGAUAGUGGUGAUAGCAACGGGAGCGGCGAUAGUGGCGAUAGCAAUGGGAGCGACGAUAGUGGCGAUAGCAAUGGGGGCGACGAUAGUGGCGAUAGCAACGGGAGCAGCGAUAGUGGUGAUAGCAACGGGGGCGGUGAGAGUGGCGAUAGCAACGGGAGCGGCGAUAGUGGUGAUAGCAACGGGAGUGGCGAUAGCAACGAGAGCGACGAUAUUGGCGAUAGCAACAAUGACAACGAUAGCAACGGGAGCAGCGAUAGUGGCAAUAACGACGAUAGCAACGACAACAAUAGCAACGGGAGUGUGGACGAUAGCAACAAGAGCGACGAUAGUGGCGAUAGCAACGAAAACAAUGAUAGCAACGGUGGCAACAAGAGUGACGAUGACUAG